AAAGUCAGUUAAAUCUGUACUAAGAAAGUGCCGUUUUGAUAUUUCAUUACUUGCUAAUUCUUACUGACAUUUCUCACCGAACAGAGCUAUUAACCGGUAGCGAAAUGUCAAAGUUGUGGUUUCUCAGUGAAAACGGAGAACGUAGAAUAAUAUACGUUCGCUGGUGAAAAUUUCACUUUGGUUUUGUCUACCCGGACGCGGUACAGUUGAAAUUGGUAACAAUUGUUACUGCAUAGCAGACCGCCGAACAUACUAAAUUUGCCGGCAAACAUCGACAGAGUUUGUCUGAAUAAAGCGAAAUUUGUAAAAAGAUAGUUAUUUGCAAUGUUUCUUGCAAUGAUAUAUUUGUUGUUAUUGCUUAUUGUGUUGCCAAAUAGCAAUAGUUGCAAUCAAUUACCUUCAAAGCCUAUUGUUGGGUUGCAGUUAAGCGAAGAUGGAAUGCAUCGAGAAAUUAUAUACACGGUCCAAUUCGCUGAUACGCUUAUUGACAAAAAUUGUCAAUACGUUCUGGAACAGCUGCUGCCUGCUGGUGUAUACAUUAGUGUUGACCAAUUAGAUGAACUUAAGCGGCUAAAAAAAUUAAGUGCAACAUAUCCGAAGUUCAUUGACAUUGAGUCACCAACGGAGAAGUCAAGCCCCCUUAACGUAUUGUUAUAUGGCAAAUCGCAAUCAAUUGAGGUCUUCAAAUUGCCUAUACACUACCGCUACCAUCUUCCAAGUAAAAAAAACAACAAAUUUGCCACUGUUGAAAUACCCAUUCCAAAAUUGUACAUUAAAUGCGAAAUACAGGAGAAUAAUUCGAUUGAAGAUCUAGUAGAAACAGCAUCUAAACAUAAUUAUUGUCAGAGUGAAGCUAGUAUAAGUUUUAUAGUACGAUUUAACGAAAAUGAGAGCAACUCAACCCCUGAUUCCAGUCUUCAGGUUCAUGAAAACUGCGAUUGGUAUUUAAUAGAUGUUCAUAUUCAACUUAAAACGGAUCUACGUGCUGAUAUACCUAUAGGAAAUGAAAAAGCCUUUCCACCUAUUCUGUAUGCUACUAUAAUAUUAAGCUGGAUUAUAUCCUUGUACACUGUGUCACGCACACAUGUUAUACCUCGUCGUAUUAAUUAUAAAUUAGAAGAACAACGAAUAUUACAAAAUAAGAUAAAGUAAUACUACACAAAUUUAUGCACAUAAGAAUUUACAAGUACAUAUAUGUAUAUAAAAAUAGUUGUAAUCUCGAUUUAGACGGAGUAAGAUUUAUUUUACUUUACUCUCUUCUUGUAUAAGGCUUAUCCAAAGAAUUAAUAAUUAUGAAGCUGAAGUAAUAUCCAACUUGAGAAUAGUAUAGGAUAGUUUAGAUCAAAUGUUAAAGGUAUAUGGGAGUAGCUAAAUGAGUGUAUUUCAUAUCACAUAGCUAUGAAUUUUGCUGUCAAUUUAUUGUUCUAAAAAGAGAGAUAUGUAAAUUUAAAAA